AUGAAGCAAUAUUUGAACUAUUACAAGAUGAGGCUGAGAACAUCGAGGUUAGGUUAUCUGUUACUUCAGUUCACGGCGCUUUGCUUUUAUGCACAGAACUCCGUGCAGUCUCCUCCUAAUUUCAAGCACCAUGUCACCGAGCAGAGCCGGCUGUCGGACCGGACGAGCCGCCGGCUGACCCGAACCUACCAGCUGUACAGCCGCACCAGCGGGAAACACGUCCAGGUCCUGGCCAACAAGAGGGUCAACGCCAACGGAGACGACGGAGCGGUACACGCUAAACUGGAGGUGGAGACAGACUCUUUUGGAAGUCGUGUUCGUAUUAAAGGGGUGAAGACAGGAUACUACAUAUGCAUGAACAAGAGGGGGAAGCUGAUCGGCAAGAGGAAAGGACGAGGCAAAGACUGCAUCUUCACCGAGAUUGUUCUAGAAAACAACUACACGGCUCUCCAGAACGCCAAGUACGAGGGCUGGUAUAUGGCUUUCACACGCAAGGGCCGUCCGAGGAAGGCCUCCAAGACCAAGCAGCAUCAGAGGGAGGCCCACUUCAUGAAGCGUCUACCCAGGGGGCACUUGCUGAGUGAGAGGAGACCGUUUGAUGUUCUUCCUCUCCCUGUCCCCGUGCACCCUUUCAGCAAGCGGACUAAACAUUCCCAUCACCAGCGCUCAGGGGGCCGCUGA